GACCCCCGGGAACGCCCCGGGAAUGCGCCGGGAAUGUGCCGGGAACGGGCCCGGAACGGCCGCGGAGCCGCGGGAACGCCGGGAGGCUCCGGCACAACCUCCUUCCUUCCUGGGGACCUCGUGUUGGUGGGGACGUGGAUUUGGGGAAUGGGGGGGUGGGGAGUGGGGGUGGAGAUCAUGGAAUGUGGGGGCGGAGCCUCCCGGCAUCACUGGAUGGUGAGAUCUGCGUGGAUUCCAGUGGGAUUCCAGUGGGAUUCCAAGCAGAUUGCAGCACAAUUCCAGCCUGAUUCCACCGAGAUUCCAGCCCUUGGAUUCCAGUGGGAUUCCAGCCUGAUUCUAGUGGGAUUCCAUCCAGAUUCCAGCCUGAUUCCAGCCCAAUUCCAACCUGAUUCCAGCAGGAUUCCAGUGGGAUACCAGCCUGAUUCCAGUGGGAUUCCAGCCAGACUCCAGCCUGAUUCCAGCCCUUGGAUUCCAGCUGGAUUCCAGCCCAAUUCCAGCCUGAUUCCAGUGGGAUUCCAGCCUGAUUCCAGCAGGAUUCCAGUGGGAUACCAGCCUGAUUCCAGUGGGAUUCCAACCAGCUUCCAGCCCUUGGAUUCCAGUGGGAUUCCAAGAAGAUUGCAGCACGAUUCUGGCCAGAUUCCACGUAGAUUCCAGCCCUUGGAUUCCAGCCUGAUUCCAGUGGGAUUCCAACCAGAUUCCAGCCCUUGGAUUCCAAUGGGAUUCCAGCCCAAUUCCAGUCUGAUUCCAGCAGGAUUCCAGUGGGAUUCCAGCCUGAUUCCAGUGGGAUUCCAACCAUUCCAACCAUUCCCAACCAAUCCAGCCCUUGGAUUCCAGCUGGAUUCCAGCCCAAUUCCAAGCAGAUUGCAGCCCUUGGAUUCCAGCCCAAUUCCAGCCUCAUUCCAGCUGAAUUCCAGCCUCAUUCCAGCCCUUGACUCUGUAGCUCCCUCUUCCUUCGUUGCCAGCCCCUGUUAUUCCAUUUUUAAGGUUAUUUUGGGUGUUUUUAUUCCGGGCAGGAAACUGUCCCUUCCCUCCCCUUUGUUCCUCUCAGCCUUGGGUUCAAAAUAAUUAAAAUAAUAAAAAAAAAUGAGAAUAAUAAAAAAAACAACUCUCACUCAACUAUGCACGUGGAGAUCCUGCGGGGAACGUUCCUCCCGGCAGGAAUUCCAGGAGUUCCUGUUCCUGCAGCUCCUGAAGGAUCCCUGGAGCUCUUCCCCGUGUGACUCAUUCCCAUCCCGCUCCCCCAGCGUUGGGAAAGGCUCCUGGGGCAGGAGAAGGGGGAUUGGGCUCCGGGGGGGGGGGUUUAUUCCCGGUUUUAUGCCCAGCUUGGCAUUCCCGGCUGGAGCCGAGGGGGGAACUGCAGCUCCCGAGCCGCAGAUUCCCGGGUGUUUUUGGGGAUGGGGAGGGGGGACGAUCCCAUCCUGCCUUUCCCAAGGCCCUCCCAGCCCCGGUUUUCCUGAGCCUGCCUUUCCUUUGUCCGGGUGGUGCCAAAUCCAAAUCCCCCCCACCCGCUCCGUGCGUUCCUCUGCUGAUCCCUGUCUGCAUCCAGCCCCUUUUCCCGGUUCUGUCCGUGUCCAGUCGGAUCCGUUGGAUUUGUUGGCAGUUAUUAAAAUGGUGAGUGAAGCCU